CACACAAACAUAUUACUGUGUAAAAAAACGUGGAUCAGAUACAUAUUAUUUCCUUAUUAACUCUUAUUGAUUUUUUAUCUAUCGUUGGCCAAAUAUAUUAAUGUCCGAUCAGAAACAUAAAAAAUGUGAAUGUUGUGAAGAGUAUGGAAAUGCUGUGGCUUCCGGAUUGUUUCGUAAAAAGGAAAUAGGACGUGAUAUGAAAGAACUACUCAAAACUGGUUUGAACCGAUGUUUAACAACAUUAGAUUUGAUAGCAUAUGGAUUAGGAUCCAUGCUUGGCGGGAGUAUAUACGUACUUACAGGUGCUGUAAUGAAUAGACGGACUGGGCCUGCAGUAUUUUUGGCAUAUAUACUGGCUGGUUGCGUGGCGUUACUUAAUUCUCUAAACUAUUCUGAAUUAGCAUGCCGUAUACCAAAGGCUGGUUCUUCAUAUACAUACACAUAUUUUAUCAUGGGUGAAUUUCCUGCUUUUAUAACUGGAUGGGCAAUAUUACUUGAGUAUAUACUUGGUAUAUCACUUGUUGCAAGAUGUUGGAGUAGUAUGCUUGACAGUCUUGCAGACAAUCAUAUAAGUAAAUGGACAAUACACAGUGUUGGUAGAUUAUCUCAUCCAGGUGGUGUAUUAGCUGAACAUUAUGACUUUGUCGGUGUAUUGCUGAUUAUUAUAUUGUCAGCUAUAUCUUGUUGUGGAGUUCGUGGCAGUGCAAAAGUGACAGCAGUUUCAAUUUUCGUAAAUGUUGGUGUAUUAACAGUAACAUCAAUCUAUAUGUUUGUAUACAGCAAAACAGAAUAUUUAUCUAUCACUUCACCCAAUAUUACAGUAGAUAAAUUAUCGCCAAAUCCAAACUUUUUACCAUUUGGAAUACCAGGUUUAAUAGGUGGUACAGCAAUUUGUUUUAAUGUAUUCAUUGGUUUCGAUGCAAUAUCAACGUGUGCAGAAGAAGCUAAAAAUCCUAGUUACAGUCUACCUAGAGCGAAUAUUGUAGCCGUUAUAAUUGUAGCAAUUUUGACCACAGUAUCUUCACUAGCACUCACUUUGUAUUAUCCUUGGUUUCUUAUUAGUACCGAAAGUUCAUUUUUAAGUGCAUUGAAAGGUAAUACGCUAAAUGGUGGACCAGAAAAUGUACGAACUGGAAUGUUUUAUUUUGUUGGCGUUGGAUCAUUAAUUGGAUUAAUUGCUUGUUUAAUUACUUCAUUAGUUGCUGCACCAAGAAUUAGUUAUGCUAUGGCUCAAGAUGGUCUUAUUCCAACUAUUUGUUCUCAUCUUUGUCAACCUUUUAAAACACCUGCCAUUUCAACAACAUUCGUCACAAUUAUAACAGCCUUACUAACAUUGAUUUUUAGUGUGGAUAGUUUAGCUGAUUUUAUGAGCUUAGGGACGUUAAUCGCUUAUUCAAUUACUGCAAUAGCUAUUAUAUGUAUACGUUACAGAGAACAAUCUGAUAAUCCACAAAUGUUGACUGAAACUGAUCAAAUAGAAUCAGACAGCAUUGAAAAAGAUAAGCCUGUUAAACAAGUGGAACAUUUCAAAAAACGUAUUGAUAAACCGGGAUUUGUAAAAUAUCGUUAUGCUCGUUGUAUACCUAAUUGUAUAUUGAAGAUUUUCAAUUCCGGUUCACCUGGUGAUACAGUUGUUAUGAUCAUGGCUACUUAUAUCGUAUUAAAUGGUGUUUUAAUUAUGUGUUUGACAAUAGGAGCGAAACAUGAAUUGUGGCCAAUAUGGAGAAUCGUUUGUGUAGUGUUCAUUUUAGCAUUACUGAUAUCCUGUAUAGUAUUGAUGAGCAUUUUUAAACAAUUUGGACCCCCUUACAAAGGUUUGUUUCAAGUAAGUUUUUUCACGUUUUAAAAUAUGAUAUUGACAUAACUUCGGUGUAACAGAGAAGAGACCUAAACUUCAAUUUGGACAAUCUAAAUUGAUAGACCUUUUAGCGCAGUAGUUAUCAAAACAUCACCGUUAAACCCCUUAUCUUAAUUAAUAUUAUCGUCAGCACAUUAUUGUAAAUUGCUAAGAUGAAAAAGAACAUUCAAUAUGCAAGGAUGAAAACUUUGUUUUAUGACUUGAUUUCAUACAAAUUUAAAAGUCUUUACAAGCUGUUUACUUAGUAAGCGAUGUUAUCAUAAAAGCUCUGAUCAAAGUCCACCAAACAAGAAACUCAGUUUGGUAACACUGUAUUGCAGAAUAACAUUGAUCGACUCAUGAUCUCAAUCGAUAACUCAAUAAUCUCUACAACUUCAUACUGAUAACAUCUUGUGUCAAAUUCUAGGGUGAGUCAACCCAAAUCUUCAAUCAACUGAUUUUAACAAAAAAAAGUGGAAAAAAUGUUUUAUUCUGGAGGACUGAAGAAAACUGCCAACAAAAUCCCAAAUUUAGUUUGUACCCUUGUAAACCUUGAUCAUUAUUGUCUAUUUGAAAACUGUUGAGAAUCUUUACACUUUAUUAAAAUAUUUACAUUAAUCAUCCGAGGUGAUCUUAUAAAAGCAUCAAAGCUGAAUUGUUUAAACCAAAUAAGAAAUGAAAACAUUAGUCAUCAUUUCCACUUUGAGUAAAACUUGUAGUUCAAAUUGAAGAACAUUUUCAAUCAUAUAAAGAGCCUGAUUUCAUAAAUUGUUAUGUUCAGUAUUAUACAUUCAAAAGAUAUAGUUAGUAGAUGUUAAUGGACUUUAAUUUUAUACAUACUAAUGAGAUUUAUGACGUUAAUUUAUGUAAAUAUAAUUAGUCUAUUUCAUUUAGUAAUUAAAAUGUAUAUAUUCAAUUUCUAAUAUGAAGCGGAAAUAAAAGUUUUAAUUUUUCACAUAAUUUUCAUUUUGGUUACAUUUGGUCUUAUCAAAGAUAAUGAGAACUGAAUGGUAAUCUAAUGUUGACCAGACAGUGUGAAGCUAAUAAUUCCAGUUAUUUACUUAUGCACUAGUUACAUGUAAAAUUACUAUAAACAUAUUCAUUAUAGAAUAACUUAUUAUGAUAGCAAUUAUGUACUUCCUAUGUAAAACUGGAUAAUAUUUGAUAACAUAUAUCUUCAAUUAUAACUGAAAAAUUCAUUUUUAUGUAGCCUAGUUAUGAUAAUCGAUUUAUUGAAUUAACACGCAAUCAAGCAUCAAAAAUUAUCCUUUGACCUAUGGAGAUUAAAAUAACUUUAAUCACAGUUAUAUAACCGUAUCCUUUGAAUUAAAUGUUUUCCGGACAACUUUUAAUGGUUAUUGCAAGAGUAUUCAACCAUUUAUCUCCUUAGUCAGUGGACCUAAUUACACGAGGAUACUUUUGAUAAUUGAAACUUGUAGUUUAAAUAACUUAUCGCUUGGUAUUGAACGAUACUUUUUCAUAAUUAGCAAACGUUCUAUAAGCGUCAAGUCCUUCAUUAGUCAAGAAAGAUCAACUGGCAAUUUUAUUCAUAGAUUACAUGUUGAUAAAGAAUUAUUUAAAACAAAACUAUAUCAGUAACGAUCUUACCAGCUGAAAUUUAAUAACUCUAACAUUUCGCUACCUAGUCUGAUCCGAAAUUUUACAGAGAAAUAAUCAAAAUCAAAAUUAUUGAAGAUAUUUCAUUGAAUGCUUCGAUUAUUUAUAUAGGUUACGUCACGAACUGAACUCACCAUUUAAAACUAGGAAGACCUAGACAUCUGUUUCAUCGUGAUAUGGGACUACUCAGCAGUGGGCAUCCUGGACCCCACCACUGGGGAUCAGACCCAAGUCCCACGGCGAUGACAUAACCUGUAAAUCACUGUGAUGGCAUCCAAUGGUGUGGCAGUGAAAUUAAAAUAUAAUUAGUCGCUGAGUGUGGACAAACAGGUACUUAACCUGCUGACUAUUAAAUAUGUGAUUUCCUUUCAUUAAUUUCUACUCCGAACUUAUCGGGUGCGACUGCUUUUAACUGUGUUGAAUAAAGUAUUAUCUAGUGUUAAUCUGGUUUUUUAUUCUGGGUCGUGAAUCUUAGAUCUGAUAUAACAUGACUAGUCCCAUUAUCGUAUAACGUAUUAUCGUAGUAUACCCGAGAAAAAAAUUUUAAACCAUCUGUUGUAUCAGAGUUAAUAUGAGUUAAUAUUUUAUUUACAGCUUCCCUACGUUCCGUUCAUCCCAUGUGCAACGUUAACUAUAAACGUAUUUUUGAUGAGUGAGCUUUCAUGGGUUACCUGGAUAAGAUUUACUAUUUGGAUAGUAAUCGGUCUGACACUUUAUUUUGGAUUUGGAGUAAUGAACACAUAUCGACUAUCUAAGGAUAAUGAAAGUGACAAUUCACAAACUUAUCUACAUGAUCCAGACGAUGAGAAAGAAUUCGAUAAAACUUACAUAUCUACAAACAAGGCUACAUAGGAAGUCUUUCAUGAAUAGAUGGUGUUCACAAAACAGUUGGAUUCAAAUUUUUUAAAUUCUCUUUUCAAAAUUGUUUAUCUUCUUAAUUCGUUUAUAUUUUACCACAAAAAUUAUGACUACAAUUGAAAUUACUGCUAUCAUUUCAUUUGUAAAAACCAAGAGAUCGUCAUCGUCAGUACUCAAUGAUGAUAAAUAAUACUUAUGUCAAGAAACUGAAUGAUACUUUGAAGUUUGGACUUAUCAAAAACCAAAAUCUCUACAUUUUAUUCUACACAUACUACUAAAUUUCAUAGAAUUAUGAUGGAUUGUAAAAAUUUUCUUACUGCUUAUUUUUAUGAACAAAUUAUAAUUAAUGGAGAGGGAUAGAUAAACCAAAAUUAUCUGAGAUUAUGAACUAUAUUGUUUUAUAUAAUCUAUAAAUAAAUAACAAAAAACUAUAAUCAGCUUCCAGUAUGUUAUAAAUUUUAUUAAUGCUGAAUCAAAUAUAUACAUGUAUAAUUCCAGAACAAUCGACAAUUAGUUCUUUACAAUCUCUUCAUUUGGCUACUGUAGCGAGGAAAACGAUGACAAAAAGUCAAUAACCUGCACGCAAGAUCGUGGAUGCACACUGCUGAAGCGUUCCGUACUAGGAAGCGGAGGUAAAAAAUUGCUUCCAGGUUAUUAUUGGUGAUCUAAAAUUGGUCAGUUCGUGAACACAUAAACCUCAACAAUGUCCACAACCCUAUACCGUGAGCGAUGAAUACUUCUCACAAUCUAACUAAAAAUUACGUAAACAGAUUCUCUGCUUCCCGGAUCAUUUAUUCACGUACUUACUGCCUUACAUAUACCUGUUAACCCUUGAGGAAAAGCAUAGGGAAAUCACCAGCAGUCUUCAUCAAACUGUCCUGGACAAACAUUUCAAGUUCUUUUCAGUUGCUGUUCAUUCUUUUCAUGUCUGCUUCUAAUUACCCACACAGUGUGUUCCUUGGUCUUACUCGUUUCCGUUCCACUUCAUGAUUCCAAGUUAGCGCUUAACUCGUGAUGCAGUUUGAUCAUUUCCUCAAUGUGUAUCCUAACCACUUCCAACGCCUCUCCCAAUUCCCUCCUCAGCUCCAACCUGGUUUGUUCUCGCCCACAGUAGACUGUUGCUGAUGAUAGCCAGUCAACGGACAUUGAGUAUCUUACAUAGAUAAUUGUUUAUAAAUACCUGUACCAUUUUGAUUAUGAUUGUAUUAGUUCUGGCAGUUUCAGCAGUGUACACUAGAACUGUCUUGACGAUUAUAUUGAGGAUUGUGACUUUGAUAUUGGUUGGGAGACGGCCGUUUGGAGUUGUAUAUGUUGUUCAACUGUAGGGCUGCUGUCAUUACUUUGCCAAUCCUUCAUCAGAUCCUCCUUGUAUAUUGAUGAUGCUGCUGGCCAGGUAUGUGAAUGUUUUCACCUGUUUCAGAGUUUCUCCAUCAAGUGUGAUUGUAUUGUUGUUCUCCGUGUUGUGUUUAAGGAUGUUACUUCUUCCCUUGUGUAUGUUGUGACAUACUGUUGCAGAGGCCGGUACCACCUCACUGAUUGUCUUGAUCUGCAUUUGUUUGUGAGUAUGGGGUAGAAGUGCUAGGUGUUCUGUGAAGUCCAAAUCAUUUAGUUGCGUGGAAGCUGUCCAUUGUAUUCCGUGCUUCCCGUGAAAUGUGGAGGUCUUCAUAAUCCAGUCGACCAUCAGAAGAAAGAAAAAGGGGGAGAGUAAGCAGCAUUGUCUGAUGCCAGUGUUCGAUUGGAGUGUAUUUGUCAGCUUCCCUCUAUACACGACUGUGCUGUAUAGUCAGUUGUAGGGAUUCCGUAUGAUUGUAACAAUCUUCUUAGGUACAUCGAAAUGUCGACCAAGAUGCCAUAAUGUUCUGCUAUCCACCAUGUCAAAUGCUUCAAGACAUAACACUUAAUUAAAUAAUAUCAGAAAAAGGUUUGUCGAUUUUAUAGUAAUUAUAAUAGUUAAAUUCAUCAGUCAAUUGGAGCUAGACCUCCAUGGAAAACCUGGAAACACUGGACGGCCGUUUUGUCCUACUGUGGGGCUCCUCAGCAACACGCACCCACGAUCCCUAGCUUCAGUUGACUCAUGAUUUCAACUAAUGAAAUUACUUAAUUAAUUAUUGUUCAACAUUUACAUAGUUGAUAAAUUUCUCAGAGGUUUGAAAGAACUGGCAAAUUCCAUUGGUUAACUUAAUAAUCAACCACUUGAUAUUUAGGAAUAAGAUAAUUAUUAUUGAUCUAUAUAUCUAGUAGAUAAAUCAGUGUUUUUAGAUCGGGCUAUUGGCCUUUAAAUUAAUGAAGUUCGGCACUUUUCAUGUAUUCAUUUGAUAAUUAAUAUCGCAUAAAUUUUUAAAUACAACAUUUUAAGAAAUUACAAUUGUCUUUUUUUUAAGUACUUGGUUAAGAGUAUAAACAAUAGCCAAUAAUAAUAGUAAUAAUAACAACUUCAAGCCUGCUCAUAUGACCGUUUAUUCUUAUAAACAAUUAUUCAAUAAUUUGCAAGAGAAUAAUCUCACAAAUAUUGAUUUAAUUGAUUAGUUUAAACAUGAAAAAAAAGAAGUUACACAUAUAUAAACGUGAAAACUUAUAGAUACUACUAACUACCAUUCAUGUUUCAUUUUAUUAUUUUUCAUAUUCGUGUGAUAAACUGCUGAAACAAAAGGAUACUCUCUCUCCCCCUCUCUAUAGUAUAUACCAUAUAUAUAUAAUAGUGAGAUUCGCCUACCACAUUUUAACUAUUCUAAAUCUACUGUAAAUUGGACAAUAAAGGUCUAUGAAUAGCAGUUGUUUUACUGGUUUAGAAAGUUAACGCAAAUUGGGUCAGGACUAGGUGACAUGACAAAUCCAGUUAUUUGAUGAACAUGCAUAUGUGAAAAAGAAAGAAAAUUUACAAAAAGGAAGAGUAUGAAAAGUAAACUGUUUUUUUUCGUUCAGAAACUGAAACCUAGGCUAAACUUCUAUUUCUGGUUGUUUGUACACUAGCAAUCUAGAAGAAUUUUAAUAUUAAUUGCG